AUGGAUGAUUCGUCAAUCCUCGCAACCUACUUGAUUCAAUACAUUGGUUGUAUUCCUGUUACCGUUUCUAUUAGAUCCCUUGAUUUUUUCCAGAGAACACAAGUUGCCAGGGGGUGCAUUACUCGGGUUUGCGAGGACGUUGGCCUCAAGGUUCCAUUGUCCACAUCCUCUUCCAAAAAUGAGCUCUCCAGAUACAUUGGUAAGGCCACGAAUCUCACUUGGACCCGCCAAAGCGUACGGCUUUCCAUUUCGGUGGAUGCUGUAACAGUACAGGACUUCCAUACCGAGCAGGUUCUUUUUCAUCACCGCCUCGGCUCAAUCUCAUUUGCGUCGUCUGGAGAGGCAGACAUGAUGGAUUUUGUCAGUUACAUCGCUAAGAGCGAUGUCGAGGGUUGCCGAAGAAUGUGCUAUGUCUUCUACUGUAGUGGUGGCUGUUCGCGCGAGUUCAUCUCAAGCAUUGGUGAAGCAUUUAAACUUGGCUACAAGGGCUUUAAGGAAAGUCAACAGGCCCAAGAGUUGCACGUUCAACCCCCGAGGCCGGUUAUCGAUGACUUUGAGCCGCCACUUACUUUCGCGCCGGCUGCCCCCGAGUCUGCUGAUCCAUGGUUCACAUCAGAAAACACGAAAACAGCUGCAAACAACCGUUUAUUUGAAGACCAAUUCGACGAUGUUGCAUGGCUUUUGCAAGAUGAGCCAGCACAGGCGCCGCCCCAUGGCCAAUGCAAUGCUUUCCCAGCCAACCAUCAUACACAGGAUCCCUUCACUCCAGUAACUGAUAAUGGCAAGACAAAAUCGAAGCCAACGGAAGCCUCCCUCGAGCCGGUUGGGGAGCCCUGGUACGUGGGGCGUGUGACAAGACAGAAGGCAGAGUCCCUGCUACAGUACGAUGGAGACUUUCUGGUUCGUGCUAGCACCCAGCAACCGAACCAGUUCGUGCUAAGUGGGAUGCAGAACGGCAAGAAACGGCACCUCCUUCUAAUCAAUCCUGAGGGUCAGGUGCGAACCAAGGACAGGAUAUUUAGCAGCAUUCAGGAGCUGAUCGACUUCCACCUGCGAAGCACGACGCCAAUUCGAUCGGCGGACAGCGAGUUGAAGUUAGUCUUCCCCGUCACGCCGAACGCCCUAGACCAGUGA